UGACACCAGAGUCAGGAGUUCGUGACGUCACCACUCGUAACCCAGAGCUCAGCCUUCACUGACUCUUCUCGAGCCCUUCUUGUUUUUUCCACGCAGUCCAGCUGUGGGAUUUCACUCAUAUCACCAUGCACAGCGCGUCCGUCUUUGUUUUUGCCUUAAUUUCCUGCGGUAUUAUUGUUACAGUUACAGCGCAAACAUCGACUCCUGCUCCAGCUGGCAUUCCCUGUGCCUUGAGAUCCAACACCAGUUGUGAUGAAUGCCUGCAGAAUGUGACAUGUCUGUGGUGCAUACCGACCAAAAAAUGCGUCGAUUACCCGGUGAAGAGCGUCCUGCCCUCCAGCAGUGUUUGUCCACUGAACGAUGCGAGAUGGGGGCUAUGCUGGCUCAACUUCCAGAUCCUGAUCAUCACCAUAUCAGUGCUGGCUGGCAUCAUCAUCAUUGCCAUUCUUGUUUGCUGCUUCUGCUGCUGCAAGUGUGAAAGAUUUGGAAAAAAGAGAGAGGACGCACAGAUGGAGCGACAAACCCGGCUGAGGAAUGCCCGUCAGAAAGCUCGGAGGACAGAAAUGCAGAUGAGGCAUGAUGAAAUCAGGCACAAAUAUGGUCUGGCAAAGGAUAACCCAUACUCACGUAUGAACGAUCAUUAAGAAGAAUCUCAACAGCGGUUCCUUAAGAUGAUCUCAUUGAAGCCAGUAACACAGAGAUCCAGCCUACAAGGAGCUCACAAUAAACUGUGAUCAUCUGAUUGAUUUGUGUUCGCUGUAUACUUUCUUUGCCUGAUGGUGCACUCUUCUGUUAUGCUUGAUUAAAAUGCUUUGUACAUUAA